AUGGCGGACGGGGACCACGAGCAGUGCUGGAUAUGCCUGGACGACGCCGCCGAAGACGGCAGCCGCCAGAUGAUCAGCCCCUGCAAGUGCCCCCGCAAGGUGCACCCCCAGUGCCUGGCGCGCUGGCAGCUGCAGCAGGCGGGGCGGCAUGAGGAGAAGUUUUGCAGGUUCUGCAACAACACCCUAGACGACUGGAAGGCCAACCUGACCCCCAAAGACCUGGCCCCCGAGGUGUCCAAGGUGCAGCCCAUCAUGGUCGUCUACUUUGAGGGCCAAAUCCACCGCAUACCCGUGAAGCAGGGGCCCGACGGCCUGCAGGAGUUCCAGACGCAGAUCCGCGAGCUGUUCAGGUGGGAGCGGCAGUGUGCGGGCGGGGCGGGUUUGAUGGCGCACGCGAACACCACCCACAUCUCCUUGCGCCGCCCCUAA